UGACUAUACAUUAUGACACAUCGUGAUUUCCGAGUCAGUCAGUCACGCGAGAACCAUAUUUCGGAACCCGGUGGUACGCUUUAUUUAGUAUGGACUGAGAUCUAUUGGAAAGCGACAUGUUUUCAUCAACACGUAAUGCAGAUUAUUUCGCCAACGACACUGGAAAAGUAACGCACCCACAAAAAAUGUUGAAAUUAUGCUGAUGCCCGUCUUCAAAUAAGAGAAAAAUGAAGAAACUAGCUAUAAAAUUGCUAGCAGACUGGUGUGUUCUCCUAACCACCAUUCUCUGUAUCAAAAUACAAGAAUGUAAUGGAAGUUCACUUACCACUACCGAAGCCGCCGUAGAGACAACAAAAUCUAUAACAACUACUGUUGGCACAACGACAACUGAGGAUCCGGGGGACAGUCAAGCAAUGCUAGUUGGCUUACUAUCUGGCCUCGGUUUUUUUGCUGGAAUAGUGACGUGCUGCUGUAUAAUAUGGUGUAUAUGCUGCGGAUCUCUAUGCAAGGACACCAAGAGCAAUAAAGUGUCACCGGCCAAUUCGCCAACGGAGCUACUGGAUCGCAUUGAAAGAGGACGGUGAUAAACAUUUUACACGCUAAAAAUCAUGCACGAGAAAAUUCCAUAACCCGAAUAUGUGUUAUUUGAGAAGAUUUUUUAAAAAGGUGGGAUAUAUCGAUUGUCCACUCUGAGGACUUAACUUUGUGCUAGUUAUUUGAAACUAGCGGAUUUGAUUUUUUUGUAGUUUUUACAUGACAGAAUUGAAAGCGGUCGUGCAGUGAUAGUACGGUAUGCUAUAAUACAAGAGUAUCUGUGAUAGCCCUAUAUCAUGACUGUGGAGAGAGAGUCUUGUGACUUUUUCACAGCUUCCAAAGGACGGUUAUUGGUCAGAGAUAAGAAUUUUUCUUACGAGGGAGAAUGGUUUUUUGAAGAGGAAUAACUAUAUAUAUUUUGUGUCAAGAACAAUUUGCAAAACUGUCUUUGUUUUUUAAGGUGACUUUGCUAACUUGAGCAAUACGUCAACCAUAAUCUGAUAAAAUGGUACUAUGACAUUCUGUGUCCCGUCCCGUUACAUGUUUUCACUGAUAUAAUAUAUACGCACGUUUCCAUGUUAACUGAUACCGCACGGGAACCCAACAUUUCUGGGAACCGAGGUAUCUGACACUGUGAUAUGAUAAACACGAAGCCAUGACCGCAUUUGUAAAUCAUCAGACGAAGAACUUCAUCAAAUCAGCCGUGUUCGCGGCCUGUCAUGCUUUUCUGCUGCACUUUGUGAUGGCCUCGCCGUAUAUUUCAUGGUACCAUGAUUUCUUGUAACGAUAUUUAUCUUGACGACCGCCGGAUCUUUCGGUAGGAAACAGAAUGCUCGCUGUGGCUUACAAUUAAUUGUGAAUACAUAAAUGUACAGUUACCGACUGCCGUCCCCAAGGGAAAGAACACGAUCAAUAGGUAUAUCUGGGUCAAUACACCGUUAAUUUAAUAUAUGGCUUUGGCCAGAAUAUGGUAUAUACGCCAUUGCAGGAGAUUGUCUUUUUUUUU